AUGUCGGAAUCCGCUGAAGGAAACGAUGAAUACUCUCAUGCCAGAAAACUAGUUCUGCGAGCUGCCAAGAGAGAAGCUGCUUUGAGCAAGGCUGAUGCGCCGGUUCCUGACGGAAUGGGUAGUAGCAUCGGUGCUGACUUUUCCAACAUGACUCUUAAGCCUGAUCACAUUCAGCGGCCCUGUUGGGCGUGUCCGGAUGGCAAUAUCUACUUGGAAGCAUUUCACGACUUGUAUACCCAAGCAUACGAUUUCUUGGUUGCCAUCUCUGAGCCUGUGGCAAGACCAGAGUUCAUACACCAAUAUAAGCUUACACCUUACUCCUUAUAUGCGGCUGUUGCCACCAACAUUGAAACAGAAUCAAUUAUAGGGGUUUUGGAGCGACUGUCCAAGAAUGCACUGCCACCACAAGUGAAAAAGUUUGUCCGCGAUUGUACAUCCAAAUACGGAAAGGCUAAGCUUGUGUUGAAACACAACAAGUUUUAUGUGGAGUCAGAGUUCCCUGAAGUGCUGCGAGAAUUGUUGCGAGACCCUACGAUUGCCCAAGCCAGAAUCCAAGAAGACGUGGAAAAUGUCGAUGACCACGGUUUCUUGACCAACACCAAACAGGAAGAAAUGAAGGAGAACUUGCAAAUGCUGCGAGAGCCAGACGAUGACUCAGACGAUGAAAUGGAACAGAAUGACAAGAGUAAGAAACCGACGGUAGUGGUAUCGUUUCAAGUGGACGGAAGUAAAGUUGAGAAUGUGAAGCGACAAGCAAUCGAGCUUGAUUAUCCGCUGAUGGAAGAAUACGACUUUCGCAAUGAUAAUAUCAACCCGAAUGUGCCGCUGAUGGAUUUGAAGCCAAUUACCAGAAUUCGACGGUAUCAGGAGCGAUCGCUGGCCAAGAUGUUUGGAAAUGGAAGAGCUCGCUCCGGAAUCAUCGUACUACCUUGUGGUGCUGGAAAAACAUUGACAGGUGUCACAGCGGCUCAAACCAUCAAAAAGUCUUGUGUCUGUCUUGCGACCAACGCUGUGUCCGUUUUGCAGUGGAAGCAUCAAUUCCAAAAGUGGACCAACAUUCCAGAUGACAGAAUAUGUGUCUUUACUAGUGACCAAAAGGAUAAAAUACACCCGGAAGCAUGCGUACUGGUCACAACUUACACGAUGAUUUCAUACUCUGGCAAACGGUCUGAGCAAUCCCAGAAAAUCAUGGACCAAAUUACUGGCAAAGAGUGGGGCUUGUUGCUGAUGGACGAAGUGCAUGUGGUGCCUGCAAAGAUGUUUCGCCGUGUGAUUGGAAGUGUCAAGGCCCACUGUCGUCUAGGACUGACGGCGACAUUGGUCCGAGAAGAUGAUUUGAUUUCUGAUUUGAACUUUUUGAUCGGGCCCAAGCUGUACGAGGCUAAUUGGAUGGAUCUUACAGCUCAGGGGUAUCUUGCGAAUGUGCAAUGUGUGGAAGUUUGGUGCCCAAUGACUGGGCCAUUCAUGAAGGAAUACCUAAUGGCGACUAACGCAAGGCUGAAGCAGCUGUUGUACGUCAUGAACCCGUCCAAGCUUCGUGCUGUCGAGUACCUGGUUCGCUUCCAUGAGGAACGCGGUGAUAAGAUCAUUGUCUUCUCUGACCUGGUCUACUCCCUCAAGUUAUAUGCUGAGAUGUUGAAGAAACCUUUGAUCUAUGGCGAAACCCCAGAACGCGAACGUCAAGCUAUUCUUGGUACCUUCCGUGCUUCUGAUAUGAUUCGCACAAUCUGUAUUUCGAAGGUCGGAGAUACAUCCAUCGAUCUGCCCGAAGCUAAUGUCAUUAUCCAAGUGUCCAGUCACUUUGGAAGCCGAAGGCAAGAGGCGCAACGCUUGGGCCGCAUUCUUCGUCCAAAGUCGUACACGCGACAAGAUGGAACGAAUAAGUCUACCUUCAACGCGUUCUUCUACACUCUCGUCAGUUCCGACACUCAAGAAAUGUUUUACUCCGCUAAGCGUCAACAGUAUUUGAUUGAUCAAGGCUACACAUUCAAGAUUGUGACAAACCUUUGCGAAAAGGCUGCCGAAGCAGCAGUGGAAGAGGGCUACUCUUACAGCACACCCGAAGACGACCGCAAGUUAUUGCGCACCGUCUUGCAAUCCGAGACAGACUUGGAGAAGGAGCAACGCGCCGAAGAUGCUGCCAUUCGCAAGAACAAUGCCGAUGGAGCUGCCCUUGCAGACGCUGGAACCAAGCGAAGUACAGGAGCGACCAUAUCUCAAAUGAGUGGUGGAUCCGGUAUGCGUUACCGAGAAGUCAAUUCGAGCAAGAAGCAUCCACUAUUCCGAAAGAGACAAAGACGCUAA